AUGGCAUUCAAAAACAUUGCCAUUCUUCUCUUCUUCCACACAAUUCUCCAAUCUCAACUACUCAACUCCAUAGCAGCAGAUCAAACAUGGAUAAAAGCUGGUUAUUGGCAAAAUGACAUAACUAAUUCUGCCAAUAUACAAAGCAUCAAUUCAACUCUUUACACUCACCUCAUCUAUGGCUUUGCUGAAAUUAGUUUCAAUGCAUCAACCGAUCAGAUGAUUGUCACAAUAUCAGAUGAUGAGCCAUUUAAAAACUUCAAUAGCAUUGUCAAGAGGAAAAAUCCAUACAUCAAAACAAUUUUAUCAAUUGGUGGAAAAGACCAAUCUUCUUAUGCAUCUGAUAUGUACCUAUUAAUGUCCAGCACAUACUUCCUUGGAAGAAAAUACUUCAUUGAAUCAUCCAUCAAAAUUGCGCGAUUUUAUGGUUUUGAUGGACUUGAUUUCUGCUGGCUUUGGCCUAGUUCGUCGCAAGACAUGUCGAAUUUGGCUACCCUUUUGGAUGAUUGGAGAGUUGCUAUCGAUUCAGAGUCCAAGAAAUCGAAAAAACCUCGACUUUUUUUAACCAUGGCAGGUCAAUACACACCAUGGAUUCAAGAUUUGACUUUUCCAAUUGAGUCAAUGAGGAGAAACUUGGAUUGGGUACAUGUUAUGGCAUUUAAUUACUAUGAACCAGUGUCAACAAACAACACAUCCCCUAUUGCAGCAUUGUAUGAUUCUACUAGUGAUUUGAACACUGAUUAUGGGAUUAAUGCUUGGAUUAAAUCUGGUUUUCCUAGUCAAAAGCUUGUUUUGGGAUUACCAUUUUUUGGCUAUGUGUGGACAUUGGUUAGUCCUAAGGAUAAUAAAAUUGGCGCGAUCGGAACAGGGCCGGGACCGAAAGAUUAUUUGUAUGCUACUGAAGCUGAAAAAGAGCCGUUCACAAGUACUGAUGGUACGUUGAACUUCAAUAAUAUCAAGAGAGGCAUGAUAAAAUAUCGUGCUAAUAAUUCGUCGUAUAAUUCAACUUAUGUGAUGAAUUAUGUCUCUAUCGGGACAAGUUGGGUUGGUUUUGAUGAUGUUGAGGCAGUGAAAACCAAAGUUGCCUAUGCAAAAGAGAGGAAUUUGAAGGGCUAUGUGGCAUGGCAAGUCUCAUAUGACUGGAAUUCAGUUCUUUCUCAGGCUGCAUCAGGAGAAGUUGAAGAUAUACAAGGUGGAGUAGAAGGGGCAAUUGAUCAAUCAGGGAAGCUAUUCAAGAAGAAAAAACUCAAUCGACUAAUUCUCAUUUUGAUUCCAGUGGCAUCUGUAUUGAUGUUGUUGUUGGUUGUCUUUACACUGUGUUGUUUACGAAGGAGAAAAGUACUUAAAUUUCAAGAGAGAGUGCCAAGGAACAAAAUUGGAAGCAAUGUUGAAGAUAAAGGUGAUGAAGAAACCAGGACUUUGCAUAUAUUCACUUUUGAUGAGAUGAAGGAAGCUACAAAUAAUUUUUCAGUUGAAAAUGAGCUUGGACGAGGUGGAUAUGGACCUGUUUACAAGGGGAAGUUGAGAAAUGGGAAAGAAAUAGCAGUGAAAAGGCUAUCAGAGACUUCUUCCCAAGGAUUUGAAGAGUUUGAAAAUGAAGUGAUUCUUACAGCAAAAUUACAACACAUAAAUCUUGUAAAAGUAGUGGGAUUUUGCAUUGAAAGAGAAGAAAAGAUGUUGAUCUAUGAAUAUAUGCCCAACAAAAGCUUGGAUUACUACAUUUAUAAUCAAGUCAGAAGAUUACUUUUGAACUGGGAAAAGCGAGUGCAAAUAAUUGAAGGCAUUAUUCAAGGGAUGCUGUAUCUCCAAGAAUACUCAAGAUUAACAAUUAUUCAUAGAGAUUUGAAAGCCAGCAAUAUUUUAUUGGACUUAUACAUGAAACCAAAGAUCUCUGACUUUGGUAUGGCAAGAAUAUUUAAGAAGGAUGCAGUUGAAGCAAAUACAAACCGAAUCGUUGGAACACUAGGUUAUAUUCCACCUGAAUAUGCAAAACAAGGCAUCUAUUCAACAAAAUCUGACGUUUUUAGUUUUGGAGUACUACUUCUUCAAAUCAUAAGUGGAAAGAAGAAUACAUGUCUGCAUGGUCCAGAUGAAAGCUUAAACCUUCUUGAAUAUGCAUUUGAGAUGUGGAGAGAUGGUAAAGGCAUGGAGUUUAUGGAUGUAUCACUAGAUGAUACAACAUCAUCUUGUAAACUAUUGAAAUGCAUGCAAAUUGCAUUAUUAUGUGUCCAAGAAAAUCCAUUGGAUAGGCCUACAAUGUUGGAAGUUUCUUCAAUGUUAAAGAACAUUGAAAAUUUAGUAAUGAAUUCUCCUAAGAGGCCUGUAUUUUCUACAAAGGAAGAUGAAGAUCAAGUUGUCAAAAUUAUUCCAAAUGGAUCAUCACAAGAAAUAGACAUUGACAAUGCAACAAUUACUCAAUUGGUCGCACGAUGAUGCUACUCCUUGCAAUGGAUUUAAUUUUUUAAUACAGAUAGUGUAGAAAAUUGUUUAUACUAUCAG